AUGAACGGUCCCAAACUGGCUGCAAGCUCCAUUGCCCAGCAUAUCCUAGGCUUGAUAAGUGCGAGUUCCGGCAUCGGUCGAUGCACGGCUAUCCUGUUUGCUCGACUGGGUUCACGCUUGGCUCUUGUGGCUCGAGAUGAGCAGCGCUUGGAGGAGACUUUAGCGGCCUGUAAAACAGCUGGAAAAGGGCAUUUUUCAUCCGACGAGGAGCCCUAUAUAUACAUAAAAGCCGAUCUGCUGGACCCGAAGGAUAUCGAGUUGGUGAUGUCGAGAACACUGGCACAUUUUUCGCGACUUGACAUAUUG